ACACAGGGGGAGGAAAUGAAGGCAGCAACCGCGGGGUUCCUCCUCGCCGCGGCCGUGGCCGUGGCGGUGCUGCUGCACGGCGCUGCGGCGGCGCCGCCACGCAAGCCGGUGGACGUGCCGUUCGAGAAGAACUACGUCCCGACGUGGGCGGAGGACCACAUCCAGUACCUGAACGGCGGGCGGGAGGUGCAGCUGUCCCUUGACAAGUCCACCGGCACGGGCUUCCAGACCAAGGGCUCCUACCUCUUCGGCCACUUCAGCAUGCACAUCAAGCUCGUCGGCGGCGACUCCGCCGGCACAGUCACCGCAUUCUACCUGUCGUCUCAGAACUCCGAGCACGACGAGAUCGACUUCGAGUUCUUGGGGAACAGGACGGGGCAGCCCUACAUCCUGCAGACCAACGUCUUCUCCGGCGGCAAGGGCGACCGGGAGCAGAGGAUCUACCUCUGGUUCGACCCAACCAAGGAAUACCACUCCUACUCCGUCCUCUGGAACCUCUACAUGAUCGCGUUCUUCGUGGACGACACCCCGAUCCGCGUGUUCAAGAACAGCAAGGACCUCGGGGUGCGGUACCCGUUCGACCAGCCGAUGAAGCUCUACUCCAGCCUGUGGAACGCCGACGACUGGGCCACCCGCGGCGGGCGGGAGAAGACUGACUGGUCCAAGGCGCCCUUCGUCGCCUCCUACCGCGGCUUCCACGUCGACGGCUGCGAGGCCUCCGCCGAGGCCAAGUUCUGCGCCACCCAGGGCGCGCGCUGGUGGGACCAGGCCGAGUUCCGCGACCUCGACGCACAGCAGUACCGCCGCCUCGCAUGGGUCAGGAAGGAGCACACCAUCUACAACUACUGCACCGACCGCGACCGAUACGCCGCCAUGUCGCCGGAGUGCAAGCGAGACAGAGACGUCUGAGCAUCCGGCCAGCCAGCGCGCCUGUACUAGUACAGUAUCGACGAUGAUACAACUACUGCAGUUUGUGUGUACCGCUCACUGGCCGAUGACCAUCCACGUACGAGAACGUAUCUCGCUACUCCUGUAUGCUCAUGUGUGGCUCAUUGCCCAUGCAUGCUGUCAACUACUUAUGUGAGACUAUUGUGUGCGCCUCAUUUUGGAAUGAAUUUUAUCUGUUUCGUAGUC